GGCAGACAGCGCGGCGCCGCCCGGCAGCUCGCAGGCCGCCGUCACCGACCGACCAACCGACCAACGGAGGGACGCGGCGGCCAGAGGAACGGCCGACCGGGACUGAGCACUGAGGGAAGAUCCGGCGGCGGCGGACGGCAGACAGUCCGCCAUGGAGAAGGUCUCGGAGAAGACGGGCGGCAGUCAGACGAUCCGGAUUCCGGGCGACAUCCCGGCACCGAGCGGCGGCAAGUUCCGGCAGUGGGUGCGCGAGAACCUGCUGCUGGUGCUGACCGUGCUGGGCGUGUUCAGCGGCUCGGCCAUCGGCCUGCUGGCCAGACAGACCGAGUACUCGGACGAGGUGGUGCUGCUGGUUGGGUUUCCCGGGGAGCUGCUGCUGCGCAGCCUCAAGAUGCUCAUCCUGCCGCUCAUCAUAUCGUCGCUGGUCUCAGGAUUGGCGUGUCUGGACGCCGGCGCCUCGGGCAAGAUGGGCUCGCGGGCGCUGCUCUACUAUUUUUCCACGACCAUUAUGGCGGCGAUACUGGGCAUCACCGUGGUGGUGGUCAUCCACCCGGGCGACCCGAGCAGCUCUGGUAGCCAGCAGGAGCAGAAUGCCUCCGGUGACUCCGGGGACGGCGACAACACCGUCAUGGACGCCCUGCUCGACAUCAUCAGGAACAUGUUCCCAGACAAUUUGAUAACAGCCUGCUUCCAAUCGGUGAAGACAGAAGCAAAAUUGGUGAAUAAGACAAUCGGUGAGGGCGCCGAUCAGCGGCAGGUGACCAAGGUGCAGCGGGACCUCGUGGUCUCGGAGGGCACCAACGUCAUGGGUUUGAUCAUCUUCUGUGUCGGCUUCGGCCUGAUCGCCGGCCAGAUGGGCCCCCAGGGCAAGCUGAUGGUGGACUUUUUCCUCAUCCUGAACGAGAUCACAAUGAAGAUGGUCUGCAUCAUCAUGUGGUACUCGCCAUUCGGCAUCUGCUGUCUGGUGGCCGGUAACCUAAUGGCCAUCGAUAACCUGGCCGAUACGGCGCGCAGCCUGGGCAUGUACAUGGCCACGGUGGUGACGGGGCUGCUCAUACACGCCACCGUCUCACUGCCCAUGGUCUACUUCUGCGUCACGCGCAAAAACCCGUUCAAGUUCUGCAAGGGCAUCGUGCAGGCGUGGGCUCUGGCUCUGGGCACUGCCUCCAGCUCUGCCGCUCUGCCCAUCACCUUCCAGUGCCUGGAAGUCAACAACGGACUGGACAAACGCGUCACCAGAUUUGUUCUGCCGGUCGGUGCUACAGUCAACAUGGACGGCACAGCGCUGUACGAGGCCGUCGCGUCCAUUUUCAUUGCACAGAAGAACAACAUGAACCUCAGCAUCGGCGGCCUCAUCACCGUUAGCCUGACGGCCACGCUGGCCUCGAUCGGCGCCGCCUCGAUCCCGUCAGCGGCGCUGGUCACCAUGCUGCUCAUCCUGCAGGCACUGGGGCUGCCCACCCACGACGUGGCCCUCAUAUUCACCGUCGACUGGCUGCUGGACCGUAUGCGAACGUCCAUCAACGUGCUGGGUGACGCGUACGGCGCCGGGAUCGUGCAGCACCUGUGCCGGGACGAGCUGGCCCGUAUGGACGCCGAGGCGGAGCGGCGCGACCGCGAGAUGGCCGAGAUGCUGCGCAGCGGCAGCGUGGCACUGAGCGGCGGCGGCCGCGGCUCGCUGCUGCCCCGCGGCUCCAUCUGCCCCUCAGUGGCGCCCAGCGGAGCCAUGCUGCCGCUGCGGCCGACCGGCGCCCUCUCGCCGGCCGAGGACCGGCCGCCGCCCUCGGCCCCAGCCGCCGCCGCCGCCAGGAACAGCUGGUUCGAGAAGCGUAUCCCCAACUCUGAGACGCAGAUCUGAGGGGUGACGGCGGCCAUCAAGGGAGGAGAUGUUCCCUCACAGAUGACGGAAACUGCGGACAUCGAUGGAUUCGCCCACAGCGGUUGGCCAGGUGGGCUUCAUACUGCAGAGCUGAUGAGAGUUUAUGUCGCAGUACAGGCCGGUGCUUCGACAAAUAACACUGUGGUCCUGGGGCAGACUGACUGUCCGUUGUGUCUACAACAAACGUCGAGGCACACUGGGAGAUCGGUGUGAUUGUACGGCAUGAAAGGGAGAUGUGAGGAUGGUUGUCAGAGCGGUAGACGUAUUUUGUUCAUGAAGAGGGUCCGUAGACAUUUUCCGCACAUUCCACAGACAGGGUUAGAGACAUAUGGUACAAACAGAUAGUUAUAUCGUUCAUUGGUUACCGUUUAUUCCUAACUCGGCGCAGUCCGAUGCGUGUGACUGUGUACGCAUGUGGAUGUCCAUAUGUCUGUGUUUACUUGGUGGUUUAUGAGUGUUGGGAUGGGCUAACCCUAGCACAGCCCUGCCCUCAUUUCUGUGAGAUGUGUGCGUCUCUUGAUGUCUGGGUCGGGCCGGGGCGGGGCGGGGAGGUGCCACGCCUGCUGGCUCGUCAGGCUGCUGGCAGCCUCAGUAGCUGGCUGCACCGGUAGGCCGCGGGCCGCAACAUCCACACAGGGACUUCCACAAGGCUUGCUGAUGUCUGGACGGGCCGGCGGGCCGCCUGCGGUCGCCGGCCCUCCGCUGUAGCCUAGAGCUCGGCCGGUUCGGCCCGGCCGGCUGGUGGGCGGCUCUCCCCGCUCGCUGCCGCUCCGGGCCGCUGGUCGAGCACGCUCUCUGUUAGCUAAGCCCUCUUCCCGUCUUGCUGGUCGGUUGUUGAAGGCAGGUCAGACGCGCCGCCGCCGCAGGAUGCAGCGCAGACCGCUUCGGCACCGUGCUGUGCAGCUCUAUAUUCUUCUCUUCUUUCUCUCUUAUCUGUCCUAUCUUUCUUACCUCGCACUGUUUCUCUCCCUCCAUCUCUCCCACUCCCCUCUCUCUCCUUCGUACGGUCGAUGUUAUUGCAUGCUCUGAGGCAGGUCUGUUCUUGCAGUACGUGUGAUCAGAUCAGUCGUCUAGUGUGAUUCAGUAUUGUGGACCUGGCUGAAUGUCUGUUUGUCUGCCUGCUGUUACGUACAGCAGACAGAUUUGUCCCACAGAACGGUGUUGUGUAAAUCGUACAUGUGAAUUGUGAUUGCUGAUCCAACUCGUCGCAGAAAUCUCGUCGAUCGCCCUCAGCCAACCUGGCUGGGGCGUUUUUAUAGUGUUUACUGUUGACCUUUUGUAGCUGUUUUAUAGGACGGGCUGCUACUGGAUAUAAAGCUCGCCGAUAGCCAAAAGUAGGGUGCACGUCUCGGAUGGAGAGCUGUGCCUUGUCCGUAGGUCUUAUGGUGAAAAUUGUUAUUAUUUUUCUGGUCGGCUAUUGGUUUUGACGGCAUUAUUAAAACCUGAAUCCGUACAUUUCAGUAUAGCCCUUGGUUUCGCGUCUGGUUUUCCUUGAAACUUCAUUCAAUCUUUCUGAUUUUUUUAACGAUUAUGUUAGGAAUAUUUAAUUGUUAUACUUGUUGUUCCGUGGUGUAGCGUUGAUAUACACGUUAAUAGUUUUCAUAAUAAUGAGAAUUUAAGGUUAAAAACUGUUUUCCUAGUUAACUUGAGCGUAUUUUAUUGUGAUUUUCUUGUUUACUAAAUAGCUUCUCGUAUGACAUGUUAAAGAAAAGUUGUCUUUUAUAUGUGUGUCAAUAUUAUUUUAAUACUUUUUUAAGGAUUCGAUCUUCAUUUAAAAGAUUUAUCGUAGGCCUAUUUUUAUGCUGUAAAAUAAUCAAAUCCCGUUGACGGUUAGGUACCUGGUAAAACUUUGGCGAAGGCAUGUAGUCUUUCCCCUUGAAGAGUCUCCUUUUAUAUGAAAGCGUUACCGUUUAAAGGCACAGAGCCAUAAUGACAAUGACUCGAGCAAAAUGCCUCACCUUAUAUUGUAUGUACAUAUUUACCUUUUACCUUUCUGAGAAGGAUGGACGUGCAAGGAAAUUGUUGAUUGGAGAACAUAUCGCUUUAACUUGAUGCCUAUUGCCUACUUCCUAAAAUAUCCCGUUCUGAGCAACUCGGUCCAACUAUGAGUUAUUACCUUAUCUUGGAUAGAUAACGGGUUCAUAUCAGAUAACAGUAUCGAAUGUACGUAACGACACAUAUCGGUAAGGACGCGUACGGCGCAACAUCAUCACUGUUUCCAAUGUAGUAUUUUUGUAUUAUGCCUUCCAAUCAUGGAUAUGCUAAUUUAUGUUUACAGCAUGGCAUUGCUUUGCUAGUUUCUGAUAUAGGUACAUAGCAUUAUUGUACUUUGGCGUGAUCGAGGGUUGGAAGGAAUCCCAAUGAAUUAACUGAACACUUGCAUCAUGAAAUAUUUCAUCUGAAUAACUCAUCAGUUCAGUAGUGAGCAAUCUAAUCGUGUGUUUCAAAUCACAUAGACGACUGUUACGAAUAAACAGCUACGAACUAACAGCUCCCACCAUCCAAAAUAUAUCUGUAAAAAAAAGGUUUGCUGUUCAGUGUCACUUGAUGAAAGCUUAUCUUAGUUUCAAAAUUACUCCGCAUCAAAUUGUCUUAUUUAACUGUGCUUGUUGAGUUUCAAUUUCAUCGACCAUUCAAAUAUCACUGGGGAGCGGAUAGGCUCGGAUUCUAAGCUCUUUCUGUGUACAUAUUUGCAUCAUUUGCCUGUGCGCGAGCUCUAAGCGCCGCUGGGCUACUUUUUUGUGUCCGCCCUCCACCUGUCCCUCUGUUCCCAUGUAUUUGGUGUACGUUGACCGUCUGUGCACAUACAUGCGUGUCCGUGUGUGUCCGUCGGCCCGCGCGGCCAGGGCAUCCGCCGUUCGCUAUCCUAGUUGUGUAGCCAGCAAUAGAGUGUCGGGCACGGCGGACCGCCGCUCGCCGACUGCCCAGUAGAUGAGUGUCGUCCGCCGCCCGCGCAGAGCACACUGCACCGCACGCAGCACGCACAUGUCGCGCACCAGCACCUGCACCUGCACCAGCACCAGCACCAGCACCUGCACCAGCUACAGCACCAGCACCAGCGUCCGCCCUCUGAGAGCGCGCGCCACGGCCGGUGGUGACGCCUCUUACGGCAGACGCCGCGCCGUCUGCAUAGUCGUGCAUGUAUGUAGGUUUGUCAUUUUCAAUGCCUCGAUAGCAUCGAGGUAAUCUCGUCAUCUGACUUUAUGAAUCAGAGUUUCCCGCGCACACGCACAGUUGUUACAUGGAUUUAAUGUGCGGCACUUGACUGAAAGGACAUGCCAUUGUACGCACAAUGCACAUAAAUCAUGAUCACUGUUAUUGAGUGCAUACUGUCGCACCAUGUUCAAAGCUCCGUGAGGUGAAAGGGGGAAAUUUCUAAGUGAACCGAAACUAUAACUGUGCAGCUAAGGUCUCAUUUUCUCCACGAAAGAACGGGUGGAAUACCUAUGUUAUAGCAACGGCCAACGCCCUAGUGUCAAGCACAGUGUUCCACCUUCCAAAGUGUCAUUUCGAGGCCCAGUCGGUCAGCCCUUUUAUUUCGGUAAAGUUUAAAGGCACCUCCGGGAUAGAUUGUGGAGGAGCUUUUCAACAUGAUGUUGCACUGUGUACCUACCGCUUUGUCAUGUUUAAUGUACAUACAGCAUAUUGGGAGUGUCAAAUGAUUAUGUGUUGCACUGCACCUUGCAUGAACGAAGUGUGAAAUGAAGUCUGCUUGUGAGAGAGAAAACUGUUCAAAAAUUGGUCGGAUAGCUCAUCCUGGACUGUUAGGCCUAUUGUGUGCAAAUUGCUGUAUAAGAAUUAGCGUCAAGCUGCUGCGAAAUCUAAUCCAAUAUUUGCGCAAGGUGGGUGUCGUUGGUCACGUGAAAUUGGAUGUCAAGCGCCACGUCGACUUUACGAAAGAGUAACGUGUCCUCUCCUGCACCACGGUCCACACACACACACAUGGGUGAAAUGUAAAGCGAUGGGUGUUGUGUGCACAAAUAUGCGUGCACCGCUGUUUGUGCGCGGUACAUGGGCGUGAGUUGUGUAAAGCUAGCUGCACAAACUGGAUGUGCUCUAUGCUGCAGUCUCUCCACAGGGCGCUGCGUCGCCCCGGCUGUACGGAGUCGGGUCCAGCUCCGCGCGGAGCCGGUCCCAGCUCCGUAGGCCGCGGCUCGCAGCGUCGCUAUCCUCUCUCGUCGUUUGGCUGUUGAGACCGCCGUGGCUGCUGUAGCCGGCGUUGGUAGUGGUAGCCGGUAGACGGUGGUGUCCUGUGUCGAGCGGUAGCGCCAGAGGGCUCGCCCUAUUGCCGGCCGUUCUGUAGGUGUAGCGGGAGUGUCGUCGGACGCCCGCCCCUGUCCGUCAGACCCUCUGUGUGGAGUUGUCGGCACUCCGGUCCCGUCGAGCGACCGACUAGUUCAGCGUGGUGUGUCUGUGUGCAUAUCAAAUUUAGCCGGCUGGCCGUUAGAAAUUGGGCAGUGGGACCCACCAGUCGCACUUUCCUCGAGAAGUGACAAUAGUUGUCCGCGUGUGGUUCUAGUCGACGGGCUUCGCGCGUUGUUUUCGUCGUUUUAUGUGUGAUACUUUGCUGUCAUAAUUAUCACCACACACAAUACCUGGGUUAUUAGACUGGUAUAUGUGUACUUUGGACUAAAGUGAUAAUACAUGUCUGAGUUGGA